CCCUCGUGAAGUGCAAAAGCGGCCAACAUGUCCUGUCCCAGUGGCACGGCUCUCCUGUGCUUUCUGGUGCUGUUCGUAACAAAAAGCACCGACUCCAACGAAGUGAGCAGCCAAGACCUGUCGAGCUACUUCGCCCAGAGGAACAGCAUCCUCGACGAGGAGCGGUCCAUGUACUUUGGCUCGAAAAUCCUGCUCGACGAGACCGAGCGCCGUGCGAACGAGGUCCUCAUGAGGUACAAGCGCCAAGAGCUGAGGGCAGGGACCCAGGACCCGCGGAGCUUCCUCCCCUCGAGGAACUUUCUGGCCGUGUCGGGCCUCAUCGAGCAGUCCCGGGUCUACCAAGUCAUCAGGCGCAUGCCCAAGGCUGGCCUGUUGCACGCCCACCUGUCGGCCUCCGCCUCGCGGCCCUUUAUCCUCCACAACAUCACCCGAAGGCCGAACCUCUACGCGUGCCAUGGACCCUCUACCAUCGUGCGGAUGAGGUUCUUCGCUAAGCUGCCCGAGAGCACGGGGGAGGACCGUUGUCGCUGGGAGCUGCUGGACGCGCUCAGGAGAAAGGACCCGACGAUCGACCGCAGGAUCGCCGAGGCCCUGACCAUGUUUGAACCCGAUCCCCGGAAGACCCCGAGGGGCGCCAGGGACGCCUGGAAGAGGUUCGAGGGUAUCUUUGACUUUGUCAAGCCUCUCGUGACUUACAGGCCAGCCUACGAGGACUUUUUGUACCACCUGCUGGAGGAGCUUUACGAGGACAACGUGCAGUUCGUCGAGAUACGCACGAGUUUUUCCUCCCUUUACGAACUUAACGGCCACGAGCACGACCACUUGCAGGUGAUCGGUAUCUACAACAGAGUCGUCGAUCGAUUCAAGCGCGACCAUCCGGACUUUGUGGGCGUCAAGUGGAUCUAUUCGCGCCGGCGCAAAGUCGAGCUGUCGGCCUUUCAGGGCUACACCCGGGUUUUUCGGUCCCUGCGCCGCGCGUACCCGAACCACGUGGUCGGCUUCGACCUGAUCGGCCAGGAGGACAUCGGCCGGCCGCUCAAGGAUUUUUUGAGCGAGUUGCUGGCUCUUGGGACGGAGACGCAGUUUUUCUUCCACGCCGGCGAGACCAACUGGAACGGCCUGGCCAUAGAUGAGAAUCUCGUCGACGCCGCGCUGCUCAACACCAAGAGGAUCGGCCACGGGUACGCCUUGAUGAAACACCCGGCGCUGAUGGAGCUCAUCGAGAUGAAACGAAUAGCCAUCGAGAUCCUACCGAUCUCCAACCAGAUGCUCAAACUCGUCAAGGACAUGCGCAACCAUCCGGCCUGUUACCUGUUCACCCGAGACCUGCCCCUCGUCGUGUCGAGCGACGACCCCGGCUUUUGGGGCGCUCGAGCGCUGAGCUUCGACUUUUACGAGACCUUCGUCGGCAUCAUGUCGGGCAGGGCCGAUCUCCGAGCUCUCAAACAAUUAGCCCUCAACUCCAUAGAGUACAGCAGCUUCAACGACUCGGAGAAGCUCGUGGCCCUUGACAUUUGGAGCCGGCGCUGGAGGAGGUUCGUCCUUGAGAUUGCGAGUGGCCAGGAUCAUCAGUGAUUUCCACGGCUCGUUCGAGCGAGAUAUCACAUACCUACGCUUUACCCUUUUUUGACUCGUUUUUUGUAAAAAUAUUUUUCGCUGUACUUUUUUUUUUUUUUUUUUUUUUUACGU